AUGUCAUCUUUUAACUCUGGUCACUCCUUUCUCUCUUUCUCUCCAAGCGAGAGAAAGUCAUACCCGCCCCCAAAAUGCUUCGCUAGGGCCUCAUCCAAACACUCCAAACCCGCGGUGGCUCUGCCACCUGCCCUAGCCACCGGGCCAGUCCCGGCCACGAAGAACAGCCCAAAGGCUAACUCUUCAACCAACCCUCUACCUCCAGGCCAGUCUCGAAAAUGGGAGGAUUGGGAGCUCCCCUGCUACGUCACCAGCUUCCUCACCAUCGUCAUCCUCGGCGUUAGACACAAUGCGAAGUCCGAUCUCACCAUCGAGACCUGGGCCCACCAGAAGGCCCUUGAGCGUCUGGAGAUCGAGCAUGCCUGCCUUUCAGCUGAGUCAGAAUGA